AUGGUGCGUCCUGUGCCGUUCUUGUUUGUAAUUGCGCUGUGCUGCGCAUGUGCCUGCGCGUCAGCUGCGAAGGAGGGAGCUGGUGUGACCGAGGGGGCGUUAAGGAAGAAGGUGGCUGAUGAUACCGAGGCGAUAAGGAAUGCUGAUGAGGCGCUCAGCUUGACUAUUGCUGCGUACGCUACCGCUACACUGAUAACGAGGAAGGCUGAGCAGGCAGCCAGUGCUGCUGAGCAGGCGGUGGGCAAUGUGGAUACGGCAUUGACGAACGCUAAGGAGGCAGCAGAGCUGGCUGGGCAAGCACUGGGGCAUAUCAACCAGGCAAGGCAAUAUGUCAAGAGCAACAUGCUGGGUGACGCUAAGGAAUAUGCCGAUUCUGCAAUGGAAAAGGCUUCUGAAGCGCAUGAGAAGGCUCGUGUAGCAAGUGCGACAGCCUACAGUGCGAGUACUUAUAUUUUGUCCGCUGGGGAACCCGCCCAAACCGCAUUCGCCAGGAGCCAGGAAGCCCAGACACAGGCAGGGCGGGCAGGGGCCGCUGCGGAGAAGGCGGGGCAGUGCAAGGCGGCCGCAGCGGCUGCAAAGCUGACCGCCGACAUCGCGAAGAAUAUAACAGAGAAGGUCUCGCAGGCAAUGGGGAAGGCAAAAGAGGCAUUUGAGAGCGCCACCGCGGCAGCGAAAGCGGCGGAAGAUGCGGCAGGAAAGGCGAGGCAAGCUGAAGGAAAGGCCCUACACGCAGCAAUGCAUGCUGAGGAAACAUCCGAUAUCGUUUUUGACGAGGAGGUCGAUGAGAUUGAAGCUAAGAUUCGGUUGGCUGAGCAGUCGGCGAAAGGGGCGCAGAACCUUGCGAAUGAAGCAGUGACAUCAGCCACUGCUGCUGCGCAAUACGUCAGAGCAGCAGCGGAAAGAGCUGAUGCGGUAAAGAAGUUGGGGCAGGAAGCGGCGGCUGCCAGUAAGGAUGCAUCGGGGCAUGCGAGGGAACUGCAGAGAGUGACGAGGACCGAGCUGCAAAAAACUCAAAACGAGUUGGGAAGGUUUCUCGCAGAAAAUUCGGGGCUCGCAAAGGUCCCUGAACGCGCUGUGCCCCCAAGCAACCCAGCACCAGCAGCGGAAGGCAGCGUCGCACCCGCACGUGGCGAGGCGGAGCCGCAGAUACCAACGGAGACAGCGACGCCAGGCGCCCACGCUGACGCAAGCACUCCGAUUGAAGAGCCCAGCGCAACUUCACCGCCAGAGGCAGCGGACGGGAAUCCCAAAGGGGGGGCAGAAGCCCUACCCGAAACGAAUCCCGUGGAUUCAGUCACCCCAAGAAGCGACAAUGAGGCACAGAGGGCCAGUGGCAGUGCGGAUGGCAGUGUCAGUCCUGUGUGGGCGCGUGCGCCGCUGCUGUUGCUGGUGGCGCUGGUCUGCGAGGCCGUCUGCUAA